AUGUUAGGAAAAGCUGUCAUUCAUUUCCCAAGUGACGGAAACUGCAGUUUUGUGGAAUGUGGUGAAACGCAUUACAAGUGUCCUAACAGCUACUGCAUCCCAAUACAAUUUGUAUGCAAUGGCCUCCUCGACUGUCCGGAUGAUGUCGAUGAACAAAAUUGUGACGGGUAUACAUGUCCAGGUUACUUUCGAUGUUGGGAGCGAUACUGUAUCCCACCAAGUCAGUUGUGUGACGGUGUCCGGCAUUGUCCACUUGGAGAUGAUGAACGCAUGUGUCAGAUGCCAAAAUUAGAACAACUGAAUUUAUUUAAUACGUGUAUUAUGGAGCUAAAAGCAACUAUUCUUCGGGGUCUUUCAAAUCUUCGGACACUGAAUCUUUCACACAGUCAUAUUAAUUCCAUUGAUAAUGGAUCAUUUUUAAGCUUGAAGUUGCUUGAAUACCUUGAUAUUCGUCAAAACAACAUUCUACAUUUUCAUGAAGGAAGCUUUGAUGGGUUGUCGUCAUUGAAAAAGCUACAAACGGAUUCAUACAAGCUCUGCUGCGAGUCUGUGAGACCAACAAGCCUCACUAAAUAUAACUGUUUUUCAAGUAAAAGUACCAUUGCCUCAUGUGAAGACUUACUAGGCGUAGAUAUCCUUCGAAUGCUUCUGUGGAUCAUUGCUCUGUUUGCUUUUGUUGGAAACAUCCUGGUGGUUGUGUACAGAUUCAUUUAUAAUAGAAAAUCCCUUCAGAAAAGCUAUGGUAUUCUUGUGGCAAAUCUCUCGAUUGCCGAUUUCUUCAUGGGCCUCUACAUGAUGAUCAUUGGAUUUGUGGACAUAUCAUUCAAAGGAUCGUACGUUUGGCAUGAUCAUCAAUGGAGACACAGCGUUGUUUGUAAGGCUGCUGGAUUCCUGUCCACCUUGUCCUCCGAAGCUUCAUGCAUCUUCAUAACACUUAUCACGUUAGACAGACUGGUGGCCGUUGCGUUUCCGUUUGGACAACUCAGGUUUUCUUUAAAGACAGCCGGUGUGUCUGCAGCAAUUACUUGGAUCAUUGCCAUCCUCCUAGCUGGUAUCCCUCUGCUACCUUCACUGAAGGCAGUUGCAGCUUCAUCAAAGGUGCGAAGAGGUCGUGAUAUCGACACCGCCAUUGCCAAAAGACUUAUCCUAGUCGUCCUCACUGACUUCCUGUGUUGGUUCCCUAUCGGUGUCUUGGGGAUCAUGUCACUACGAGGCAUACCUUUGGACGGGAAGGUAUAUGCUUGGACAGCAGUUACAAUUCUUCCUGUGAACUCGGCUUUAAACCCGGUAUUGUAUACCGUUCCAUCUAUAGUACAGGCCUGGGACAUACUGAAGGUCUGCCUGUCAUUGGAGAGCCAACCAGAUCGCCUGAAUGUAUCAGAGGACAUCGUUUUCCUCAUGCAGGAGGUCAGGAAACAAUGUGAUGCCAUAUGUGAAGACCAGUGUGAAGACAUCGAAGAAAGCAAUGUCACAACUGACAUUUGA